CUUAUCAGUUAUAUAUAUCGAAUUUGCUAUGUAGUUUUUCCAUAAGAUACUACCGUUGGAUGUUUGAUAAGAUAAAGCGGAUAUGUUGUGCUCCUUAAAUGAAUGAAUUUUGCUGUAAAUAAAUCUUAGUCUAUUUAAAGUGAUACAAUGUUCUUCUUUCUGUUAUUUCUAUCUAUAACUGCACUUUCACAGUUAGUACAUGAGCAUUCCAAACCUGUUCCAUCAUUCCGAAUCAUCCAUGGAAGGGUUGCAGGCCUACAUUCUCAUCCAUAUCAAGUUGGCAUUUACGUAACGGGAAAAAUUCAAUCCCAGUUUUGUGGCGGAUCAUUGGUAUCGAACAAUUAUGUUUUGACAGCAGCACACUGCGUUGAAGACGUAAAUGCACUAAGCAUGGAACUGAUCUUCGGAGCGCACAACGUCACUGACAAGUCCGAGGAAACUCAAGUGAGACGGAUUUCCACAGAAUUCACUGUUCACCCUGGUUGGGACUGGUCGUUGAAACAAGGAGAUGUUGCUUUGGUCAAACUGCCGGAACCUGUCAACGAAACUGAGCACAUCAAGAUCAUUCGACUUCAUAGCGGAAACGAAACAUUUGCAGAAGAAAAAGGUACGCUAGCAGGCUGGGGCAUAACAUCCAAUACCCAAACACAGUAACCCCCCUUCUCCAUGAAGUGAACAUGACCAUAAUGUCAAACGCAGACUGUGCUGCAGGUUUCUCCCAGCUACAAGGCGUUCAUAAAGCCCAGCUUGCUCUGCACUCAGGCCUUGAGAGCGGCGUGAAAGUGGGCUUCUGCAAGGGUGAUUCUGGAGGGCCGUUGGUAGUUGGAAAGGGUCCUGACAGUUGGCUGCAAGUGGGAGUCGUGUCUUUCGGGCAAAGUGACUGCGAAAAGGGGCUGCCUUCAGUGUUUGAGAGGGUCGCGAAGUAUGUCGAUUGGGUAAAGGCUAACAGCGACGUUGUAGUUUAGUAGAACUACAUUUGUACAGAGUGUACAGAAUGUUAUGAAUUUAAGGAUAAGCGUAUGAACAAAGUUGAUGUAUAUGGUGAUUCUAAGGAAUAAAGUAAAUAAAAAAUAGCACGUAAAGCUUA